CGGAUUCCUGAGCGCGAGCCGAAUUUCCUGUCCACUCGGUGUGUAGAGCAGCGCGUGAAGCGGAGCUUUUCUCUUUCCUCCAUAACCGGAGCUGCUCACAAACAAACAAACAAACAAACAAACAAGAAAGAUGUUCCGAAGACUUGCAGCUGUUGUUCUGCUGGCUGCAGUUUGCUGUCAUGCUCAGGAACCUCAGAGCAAGUCGAAGGUGUGUGCUAAUGUGUUCUGCGGUGCAGGGAGAGAGUGUGCAGUAACAGAGAAAGGCGAGCCAACCUGCUUGUGUAUCGAGCAAUGUAAACCUCACAAGCGCUCUGUGUGUGGCAGUAAUGGGAAAACAUACAGGAACCACUGCGAGCUUCACAGAGACGCCUGCCUCACCGGACUCAAGAUCCAGGUAUCACAUGAUGGCCACUGCAGAGAGAGGAAAACAGAGAAAGUUGCUGCCAGUCCAGUGGUCUGCUAUGUGGGCGACCGUAACGAACUGCGCAGGCGUGUGAUCGAGUGGCUGCAGACAGAAGUUGUUCCAGACGGCUGGUUCACCAAAGGCUCCAACUUCACUGACAUCCUGCUCAAGUACUUUAAGAACUACGAUAACGGCGACUCGCAGCUGGACUCGGCCGAACUUCUGAACUUCAUCCAGAGCAACAAGUCAGCGGUGGAGCUGCACUCAUACGUAGAGGAGGAGAACAACCGGCUGCUCAGGAGUCUGUGUGUGGAUGCAUUGAUCGAGCUCUCGGACCAGAAUGCUGACUGGAAGCUGAGCUUCGAUGAGUUCCUCAACUGCCUUCGUCCAGGAUUCAACCCUCCAGAGAAGAAGUGUGCUUUGGAGGAUGAGACCUAUGAAGAUGGAGCAGAGACUCAGGUGGACUGUAACCUCUGCGUGUGCGCAUGCGGCAACUGGGUCUGCACUGCCAUGACCUGUGACGAGAAAACCUCAGCUCUGGAGCCGAGUAACGGUGAUGAGACCAUGACGGAGGAGGAGUGGAGUCUGCGUGUGGCUGAGCUCAACAAACAUCAGGAGACUAUGGAGCAGAUGAAGUCCAGCACAAAGGAGGUUUAAAGAAGGAGCGAGGAGGACGAGGUGACAGUCAGGACUCCUGAGAUGACACUCUAUUACUGGGAGAACCACAUCAUGUAUUGUUUUCUACCCUCGACUACGUUAAUCUAUCAUCGCUUUUCCGUGUCACGUCAUUUAUAAUCGUCUUACAUUGACGUGUACUUUAUGUCCCUGUGUGUGUGUGUGUCACUAAGUGCUGUACAUUGUUUUUUUAUAGCAUCAUGCUCAGCCUUAUCCAAGGCGUCCCAGCACGAUUUUUGUAUUUUGUAUUUUAUUGUUUUUUACUCUAUGUAUGGUAAACAUUUUGUCACAUAUUUUUGUCUUUUUAGAUUUAGAUUUUUUUUGCGUUUGAUUGAGACAAUGGCAGUAGAUGGAGGAGAAGAGUGAGGGAGGGAGACCACGUGGACUGACUCAGCUGUUACACCACGUCAUUAAAAAGAUCAAGAUUGUGGUGUACGCCGUUAUCUUUAUCAGCAUAUCAAACCACGAGAUAACGCCAAGUGAGAAAGCAGAUUACAUCACAAGUGCGGCGUCAGCUAAGGUCCCCUUUCGCACAUUCUCUGGUUCCACACAGACAAGGCAGUCAUAGUCUUGAGACCUUUCAACAAGGUGCUAAUACGGAUUUCUUUCUUUCUUCUACUCAUUUUUUUUUUUUUUUUGCAGCACCGUUUUCUUGCAUUAUCAGCAUGCUCCUAGAGUACGUCUAGAUCGCUAGGUAGAAUUAGAUUUGUCGACAUGCAGACCUGUAUAGGAGCGCCACUCCUCCUGUGAUUCUUCAGCUGUCUCGUGAAAAGCCAGUGAUUUAAUCUCCACAAAAACAACAACAAAAAAAAGAAAAACGACAGGAAGACUCUCACGGCAUGGACGCUCCGCUUCGCUCCUGCUUCUAUUUAGCGGAGGUUGCUUUACGUAGAAGUAGUUUGUGUUAAAGCUUUGUUGCUGUGCUCAUUUCUGUCAGAAGGAACAAACAAAUAGAGAAGGAGUUUGAAGGUGCUGAUUGAUUCAGAAUGGAAAUUGAGUUGUUUAGAGCAGAGGCAGUGUAGCCCAAAAAAAAAUAUAUAUAUAUAUAUAUAUAUAUAUAUAUAUAUA